GAUCGUGAAGUAAUGCUUGGAACAACAUUGGCCUUAAUUUAUGCACAUCGACACUGUCAAGUGGUGGAUCGGGAGGCCGUCGCACAGUUGGAUGGAAAACUCAAAGAGGAAAGAAAGAAGGCAUCAGAAAUGCCUCUGUAUUAUGCUGGUAUGUUCCUUCUUUUCUCUGGAAAAGUUGACAAGUCUCGAGAGUAUGUGGAUCGUAUGUUGAAAAUGAAUCCUGAGCAUGAAGAUGGUUUGGUGCUGAAAGGCUGGGUUGAGCUUACUGCUGGUCGUGAGAGUAAGACUAGGAACACAAUGCAGUACUUUGAUAAGGUCCUACAGCGUUCACCUCGACACAUGGAUGCUCUCUUUGGCAAAGCUAAACACCAUGAAAAUCGUAAUGCCUAUAAGGAAGCCAUGGAGACUUUAAACCUCUUGGUUGUUUCAUACCCUGGGUUCACUGCCCCACUGAUUGAGAAGAUGAAGGUUUAUCUUGCUGAACAGGAUUGGGACCAGUGUUAUGAGUCUGCUAACAGGGUUUUGAGUAUGGAUCCACACGAUGUAGAAGCCUUAAAGUACCGAACUCUGUAUGCUCUUUGUCGUCAGGGCAACUAUGAGGAUGCAGCACAGGGCCUUCGCAACUUAUAUAGCGAGAUGGAUAGAAGUGAACCAAAUAAUGCAGCUUUAUUCAUCCAUAUGGCUCAGUUGUUUUCACGAUUGUGUGGAAGAAAUCGUCUUGUGUUAGAAGAGACGUAUAUGAUGGCAAGUAAAGCAGCCAAGGUGGACACAGGAAAUGCUGAGUACCUGACAGAGGUUGGGUAUCAGUGUCUUCUCCAGGGACGUAACAAGGAAGCUACUAAAUUUUAUAAGAAUGCUGCCAAAUUAGAUGAGUCUUCUGUUGCAGCAUUAACAGCCAAACCCAGCAGAAGGUAUAGAGAACAGCAUACCUGCAGUAGUGAAGCGGACAUUGUUAGUGCUUGAAGCCAUCACUCGUGCCUGCCCUGCUCUUCUUGCUGCGCUCACACUCUCUGCUCGCCUCAAGUUCAUCACUGGUGAUAUAAAAGGGGCAGCCACAUCCUUGCAGUAUGUUUUGGAUAAUAUAGAUUCUACUAGCUCAGACGCUCACUUGUUAAUGGCACAGAUUCAGUUAUAUCAAGGCAACUACAAACAGGCUCAACAAAGUCUAGAAGUGGGCCUUUCUUAUAAUUUUGAGGUGCGAGAACAACCAACUUAUCACUUGGUGCGUGCACGGGUCAUGAAGAAACGAGGGCAGUAUCUUGAAGCAAUUAAUACGUUGAAGGCAUGUCUCAAUAUCGCCAAUACUCGACCCACUACAACAAAAGGGAGCCGCAAUAAAGCUGAAAUGACUGUACCUGAUCGAGCUUCUGUAUUUCUGGAGUUGUGUGAUGCUUACCGACUAAACAAUCAACCCAAUGAAGCAGCCACCAUCAUGACUCAAGCCAUGACAGAAUUCCAGGGUACAGGGGAGGAGGUGAGAUUGAACAUUGCAAGUUCAGACUUAGCCUUGAUGCGUGGAGAUGUGGAACAUGCUUUAUCCAUGCUACGAUCAAUAGGACCAGAGGAGCAGUAUUAUCUUCAAGCUCGAGACAAAAUGGCUUCUAUAUACCUGAACCAUCUGAAAGACAAGCGAAUGUUUGCCUCUUGUUACAAGGAAGUAGUGGAUAAGAGUCCCACGCCCCAGAGCUUCUUGAUGUUGGGUGAUGCAUACAUGUCAAUCCAAGAACCUGACCGUGCCAUAGAGGUUUAUGAACAGUCAUUGAAGCGCAACCCCCGGGAUUCAGUUCUAGCAUGCCGUAUGGGCAUUGCUCUGGUGAAGACACAUCAGUAUGGGAAAGCUAUUAACUAUUACAAAGAAGCCAUUAAAACUGGAAGCAGUAACCAGCUGAGGUAUGAUAUGGCAGAGCUUCAGAUGCGUUUAAAGCAAUAUGACAAAGCUGAGAAAACAGUUUCUCAGGCUCUGGAAUUUGAAAAUUACAACUCUGUUGAUCUCGACUCCAUGCUUACACAAGCUAAGCUGCUAAAUCUUCUGGCUAAGGUACAUGAACAAGCUGGUAAUUAUGAUCAAGCCCUCACCACUCUUAGUAAGGGUAAAGAUGUUCAAGUUCGAGUACUGAAGAGGGCACAGGUGGAGCUACCAGAUACAGUUCCUGAACAGAGACAGUUGGCUGGCAGCAUGUGUGGGAAGAUGGCAGAGCAUGCAGCAAACCAGCGUGACUAUGAACAAGCCAUCAAACUUUAUAAGGAGGCUCUCCAGUAUGACCCAGAACAUGCUCCCACCCUCCUGGCACUGGCAAAGUUAUAUAUGCAGAUAAAUGACUUGGACCAGUGUCAGUACACUUGCAUGACACUGUUGAGGACAGAUAAGGAGAAUGACAGUGCUACAGUGAUGAUGGCAGACUUGUCAUACAGAAGAAAUGAAUAUGACACAGCUAUGUUUCACUUCCAGCAACUUCUUGAUCGCCGUCCAGCUUAUUUUCCAGCCUUAGCACGACUUGUUGAGGUUAUGAGAAGAACUGGAACACUAGAUGAGGCAGGGCCUUACCUGGACCGAGCAGAACAAGCCAUUCUCAGACCAAACACAGAUCCAGGUCUUAACUUCUGCAGAGGGGUUUAUGACUGGUAUUUGGGUAAUCCAAAUUCUGCUCUCAAGUACUUCAACAAAGCAAGAAAGGAUCAAGAAUGGGGUCAGCGGGCAAUUUACAACAUGAUAGAAAUUUGUCUCAAUCCUGACAAUGACACCAUUGGUGGGGAGACUUUUGAAUCAGUGGAUAGUGAAGUAAAUCAGUCAGGAGCAAGAGACACUCUGGAUAUGGCCAUCAGAACUGCAGACAAAUUAUUGAAGGAACUGACCCCCAAACCAGGAGACCAACAAGUGAGCCUUCAAAUCCUCAGCAACUUCCUCCUGUUAGCCACAAAGCAGAAGGCCAAUGCAGAACACCACGUGCUCGAAAUCAACUUAAACGUCUGGCUAAAGCUGUUUGGAAUUUCGAAGAUGCAGAAUACCUGGAGAGGUGCUGGCUUCUUCUAGCAGAUAUUUAUGUGCAGACAGGAAAGUACGACAUGGCAACAGAACUGCUUAAGGUAUGAAGUAUACUUCUUAUAGCAUCAUGUACAGUACCUCU